AUCCAAUGAAUAUUUGACACGUGUCCCCUGUUUUUAAAUCCUGUCAUUGACCCUGUUUGUAUAGUAAGAUUGUGUGUAUUAUAGAGGUGGGGGUGCCUGUCAUUUUCAACAGUUCACCUGUGUUUAAAAUGCCUAAAUCAGCGUUCUAAUCACUAUUAAACACACAAUAAUUAUUCUUGGCAAAUUCAUGUGAAAGAUUGUAAGACUCCCCAACCCACUUCUACGCCCAAAGAAAGAACAAUUAGGCCUACAUGUCUAUUUGUAUGCAUACAUAUUAUGUAACUUGCUGUUUGUGGGCUGGUCCUAAUUUUUUUUUUCCUGUUUUUGGUCCCAUUUCAAUGCUUUUCUUGAUUCUGUGAGAAGACAAAAUCUGAAUAUAAGUUUUGAAGCAAUGUAAGACUGUUCUUCAAUAGUGUGCUUUUUUAUUUUUUCUUUUGUACAAUAUAUAACUGAAUGUGAUUUGGGUACACAUAAGCCUUUGUGCUCAAGAAAUUGGAGAAAAUGAUUGCUUUUGAAAUUCUGCUUUUCCUUUAGAAAGUCUGCUUUUAUUGGCUUGGAAUGCAAGUAUACAUAAUAAUACCGUCCAAUUAUUUUAGACAUUAGAUUGCUCAAGUGUUUCAAGAUUUUUGUUCAAAUGGUAUUGAGAUUUAAAAUUAUUAGUAGGCUCCACUUAUUUGUUAGAAAUUUGGUAUAAAAUCAUUGAAAUGCUACAUCUAAUUGUAGAAAAUUUGGCCUCAUGUCUUGAAGUCUAUUAGCUUUAUAGCAGUCAUCUUCGUUUUCAAUCUGAAAGUAUUGGUAUGGCUUUAUUUCUGUAGUAUUUCAGUUUUGUAUUUAUAAACAUCUUCUUUUAUUUUUUAUUCAUUGAAAUCUGAUUUUAUCAAUGAUCGUGAACUGCACUUUUGUCUCUUGAAAUGUGCACUUGAACGAUUCUAAUUUCGAGUUUCAUUUAAUGGCAUGCAUAUUUUACAGCAUCUGAUUUUUUUCCUGUCAGCAUGUAGUAUACUCAAGUCGGCUUUUUAAUUCCAUGCCGAUAUCGUAUGUAAUGUGUUUCAUAUUGAACUAUCAGUUAAGAUUAGCUUCUUUACAGUGAAAAUACAUAGAAAUCUACUCACGGGACUUGGCAGGACAACAUAAUUUAGGGGUUAUCACCUAUUUACUUCAAAAUUAAAUUUUGAAUCCAAUAUGUUGUUUGGUUCAGUAUUUUACGAGUAAUUUGAUUCGGGAUUUAACAAUUCUUUACUUUUUUAGGCUGUCAAUUUGUCAAUGCCGUUAGAGUGACCGGAUAUGGAGUUUUAUUUGAUUAGUAUUGUGUUGUAGAUGGAAGUCCCACAACUGUCCUACCAACUUCUCAGCAUCCUUUAAAGGUGGAAAUAGAAAAUCAAAUGGGAAGCCCAAAUGUGGAAAUCAUAUCUUAAGCCUAGAUGAAGACUUAAUUGUGAUUAGCUUUAAUUGCAGCAGCAGUGAACCGUGUAGUGACAUUACGUCCACUAGAGCCAAUAGGGAAUCACCGAGAGGUUGUUGAGGAAAAUCGAUGCUGCUGAGGAAAGGAAAAAGAUCGAGUUCUCAUGAGGCAAUGCCACCAUAUUCUUAUAGGGAAUUAUUGAUUCUUCGUGUAGUUCAGACAAAGAUAGCUCACCAAUUAUGUCGUCAGUAAUGUCUCUAAAUUCAGAACGAAGCACAGCUCGUUGGAAUUUCUUAAAUCGUUCUUCCCGUCUUUCUGGAAGAAACGUCCCUCCAAAUGUGUCUUCUAUUGACUUAGGCAACCGAGAAAACAAAUUAGUAGAUAAUGCAGAUAUCCAGCAAGGUCGGGAUCCUAUGGUUAUAUCUGAACAUGUGGUUGGUUGUACAAAUGACAGGAACAGCCCACAAAAUACCAUUUCAGGUACCAGAUUACUCAAAUCAUUAUCGGCAAGAUUCAGUUCAACCCAUUUCCCUGCUCAAUUGGAAAGUAAUAGUUCGAGAGCCAGCAGUACCAAGGGUCCAUUUAGUCCUGUCAGAAAGAUGUUCCAUUCAUUUUCUAAAGCCAAGUCUCGGAGAAGCCCGUUAAGUUCCAGUAACGAGCCUGGAAACCAAACAAUAAGUGAGCAUGUUGGCCUCAAACAUGGCAAAACUACUGGCAAAUCCGUAUGGCACGACUUCUCAAACAAGUCGCAUCAUUCAGAAUUCAAUUCUUAUUCUGAAAAGAAAGAGAACUGCAAUUCGAUUUUGCAGUCUAAUCCAGCACGCCUGCAUGGCAUUCUCAAGUUGGAGAUUAAACAUGGGGUUCCUCUUUAUGAGUUUUCUGUGAAGUGUCCAGAAGAUGUUUAUAUCGCAAAGACACAGAAAGAGGAAAAUGCUUUAACUUUGGUCUACACAUUUUAUUCACUUGACAAUAGAAGCAAGAACAAUGCUAGUGGAUGGGGAUCAAAAGAUUCCAAUAGAGAAUCCUCUAUGAUAGGGAAGAUGGAAGUUUCCUGUUAUUUACAAACGGAAUUAAAAGUUGCUGGAGCUUUCGAAAACUCUAUGGUGACAGAGUGUGUGUUAUGUGACAUUGCCCAUCCAAGAACAAACACUUCAUCUCAAGAUGCUUCUAGCAGUUCCCCAGAUGUUGUCAAAGCACAGUUCAUUUCUGAUGAAAUUUUGUCCUCUUCUUCUAAGCAGUCCCAAGAAAGUAGCCAAUGUGAUUCCUUGACUAAUCCUCUGGUAGGAGCAAAAUUGCAUUCGGAGCUUGAAAUUGCAGCUAUUAUUAUGGAAGUCCCAGUCAAGAAUAGAGAAUGCCUGAAAUUAAAAGGUCGGGAUAGAGCUGAUGAUGAGCCACUUCAGAAUAGAAAGGCUGCAACAUCUGACCGUGCAAGUCCUGGAAAGAUUAGUGUAGUGAUUCCAUCUGGAAGCCACAGUUUGCAAAGUACUGAAACUUGCAGUCCUUCAUCAUUACUAGAUCGAUGGAGGAGAGGUGGAGGAUGCGACUGUGGUGGCUGGGACAUGGCAUGCCCCCUCAAUAUUUUUGGCAACGGAAACAUUCAAAUUGCUGGAGACCAUAUCCUCAUAGACAAUCGGCAUCCAUUGAAACUCUUUGUUCAGGGUAAAAAUGACAAUAUCCCAGCCUUGACAAUAAGGGUAAUUGAUGAUGGACAAUAUGCAGUUGAUUUCCAUGCACAGUUAUCCUCAUUACAAGCAUUCUCUAUUUGUGUUGCAAUUUUGCAUACUGCAGAAGCCUCUAUCGUUGUUGGGCAGGAACCAAACAUAAAAAAGUUGCAAAAUGAUUCGCUGAGUGAAUUUUCCGAGAAAGAAAUAAAAAAUUUGAUCGAUUCAGGAACAGAGGAGAAGAAAGCUAAAGUUAACAAGAAGGAGGAAGAAGUUUUGCCACCGUUUGUCCUCUAUCCACCCUUUUCUCCAAUUGCUCGAGUAUAAGCUUAUUUAAUGACCCAACCAACGCAGAGUUCAAUCUGAAUUGUGAAAGAGGUCACACAGAUAUCCUUAAAGGGCAUUUCUUACAUGGAUGUUUCUCCAAACAUGGUUUGAAAUAACUGAUGACUCGAAAUCUCAUGCUGAGAAUUUCGGGUUUCAUCCAUAAAAAGAUACCUCGAUAGUUUAGCUUUGAAGUUGCUCUGCCACGCACCCGGUUGCUGCGUAACUUCUUUUCUUGUAUCUUCAUUUCUUUAUAGGAAGUUGAAGCAAACACCAUAGAGUUCAUACUUAUUAACUGAUAGGGAGUGAAGAUAGAAUAAGAGUGAGGCCAUUGUUGAAUAAGUAAUAGGGGUUUAUUCUUUCUUGUAAUUUAUGAUGAUUGAAGUAUAUUAUGGGAAUGGAAGAUUUUGAACAUUUUAUAAAAUAACCCUUUUGUAUA